UGGCGUGAGCGCUGCGACACGAGCGCGAUGGAUUUGAAUAGCUUCAUUUUCUGGACUACAAGUUUUGAAAACGAUCUACCGAUUUUAUCGGGACGGCGACGUAUCGUCCCACCUGGCGGGGGUGACCUCGGCCACAGGGUGAAGCUGCAUGGUGAGCUCUCCGAGGCGACUGAAGGCGGCGCCGGCCGCGGAGAAGAUUUCGCCGACCUGCGUUUGAAAAUGAACGCGCACCGUUGCCAUGGCUACCUCAACCGCUAGCCGUCGAGGUCCAUUUGAUUCACGUCCGCUUCGAAUGAAACGUUAGUCCGGAAACUUACUUUGGUGGAAGCCGAAGUCAUGUUCGAGCGGUAGCUAGUAUGCUAACAACAAUGGCGUCGGCAUUGACUUGAGUACACGCUAGCUUGUUGUAGUCGUCUCGCCGUCACCGACGCGCGGAAGACGACGACGUGAUGACUCGACGGCGAAAAACCUUGGAGAAAGUGAAGGCGGCGAAUGCCUACGUACAUUUGUCCAUCUAAUUCUGCUCUCAGGUGGAGUCAUCGACUCUACUGGACGUCUGUCGUCGGCAAAGGCAGACGAGGAGUUGAAGAAGACAAAAGCCCGCGAGCUUUAUUUUAGCAGUAAAAUGCACGUGAAGUGUAGAUAGUCCCCUGACCAAGUUGACGUGAACGCAACGUGCGAACGUUAGCUCGUCGAGCUAAAUAUUCUACGAUCAGACGGUUCCGACUUCACAAAAAAAUCCGCCCGUGAGAGCCAAAAGGACGAACUCUUUUUAUUUUGAAAGUCCAAACCGGAUGUGCGGUCUAUUCCUCGUCCCUUUUAUAGUUGUAAAGUCGGAGGAUCCAGAGAGAGAGAGAGAAAAGAAGCAAGCAAGCAAGCAAACAAGCAAGCAGGGGAGACGCCGAGGCAGGCUGACUUUAGCAACCGGGCGAGGACGACAGAGAGGGAGAACGGGGCGGCACCACAGGGAUGUACAGUAAACACAGGCAGAAAAAUGGCCACAUCUCUUCGGCGGCGUGCGCGUCUUUGCUCUGGUCGCUCAUUUUCCUCUCGCUCAACGGCGGCGGCGGCGGCGCCCCGGGAAAAGCCAGCGGAGCGGGGUUACAGAGAGGACGCGCGGUGACGACGAGAUGGCUUUCUCAAGGCCGAAUCAAGAGGGAGGCGGACGCCGCCGCUCAGGACGAACGGCCAAUUAGAGGGGAAAUUGCGCUGUCCUCCGGUGACCUCCAACUGGUGCUACGAGUCCAACAUAACCAUGAGCUCUUGGCUCCGGGUUUCACCGAGACGUACUACGCAGAAGAUGGACGACCGGUGACGGCGACCCGUCGGAAUCACACGGAUCACUGUUUCUAUCACGGCGACGUAAGAGGACAUCCGCAUUCCUGGGUGGCCCUCAGCACGUGUUCGGGCGUCAGGGGCCUGAUCUCUUUGAAUUCCAACCACACCUACUACCUGGAGCCGACGGAAAACGCGGGCUACCAUUCCUUACUGCCCGCCGACCAACUGGAAUUUAAAGGCGGAAACUGCGGACGCGGCGCCGGCGAGCCGUCCCGCCGCAUCUCCGACCUCCUCGGGCCGCGUCGUUCCAGGGUGAAAAGGAACACGUGGGGCACCACCAAGUAUAUGGAGCUCUAUAUUGUGGCUGACAACACGCUGUUUAAACGGCAAAAUAGAGACUAUGACAAAAUCAAGACGAGGAUCAUGGAAAUCGCUAAUUACGUGGACAAGUUCUACAGGGCCCUGAACAUCCGCGUGCCUCUGAUCGGUUUGGAGGUGUGGACCGAGCGGGACCAGUGCAUGGUCUCCGAGGAGCCCAACGCCACCCUUUGGUCCUUCCUCCAGUGGAGACAGAAGCUGAAGUCCCGCAAAAAGCACGACAACGCGCAACUGCUCACCGGCGUGAUCUUCAAGGGGACCACCAUCGGGAUGGCGCCGUUGGAGGGCAUGUGCAGUCCGGAGAACUCCGGAGGAAUCAACGUGGAUCACUCGGAGCUGUCCGUCGGCGCCGCCGCCACCAUGGCCCACGAGAUCGGCCACAAUUUCGGGAUGAGUCACGACCGCGACGGCUGCUGCGCGGAAGCCGCGGCCGACCAGGGGGGCUGCGUCAUGGCGGCCGCCACCGGGCAUCCCUUUCCGAAGGUGUUCAGCCAGUGCAGCAAAAGCGACCUCGACAACUACUUCCAGAAGGGAGGCGGCAUGUGUCUCUACGACAGGCCCGACAUGAAGGACCUCGUCGGGGGAAAAAGGUGCGGGAACGGCUUCGUGGAGGACGGCGAGGAGUGCGACUGCGGCCAGCCCGAUGAAUGCGCUAAUGAUUGUUGCAAUGCCAAUAACUGCACCCUGAAGGAAGCGGCUCAGUGUGCCCACGGAGUUUGCUGUCAGGCUUGCAAGCUGAAGCAAGCGGGGACCAUGUGCCGGGGCCCGGCCGGAGGCUGCGACCUGCCGGAGUACUGCACGGGCGCCUCGCCCUACUGCCCCGCCAACGUCUAUCUCCUGGACGGCUCCGCUUGUCAAUACGGACGGGCCUACUGCUACAACGGCAUGUGUCUGACCCACCGGCAGCAGUGCUUGCAGCUUUGGGGCUCCGGUGCCCGCCCGGCGCACGACGCCUGUUUCGAGGACGUCAACGCGGCGGGGAACGCUUUCGGAAACUGCGGGAAAGACGAGCGCGGAAACUACGUGGUGUGCGCAAAAAGCGACGCCAAAUGCGGCAAGAUCCAGUGCCACAGCGCCGCCAAGAAGCCCAAAGGCACCAACGCCGUUUCCAUAGACACCACCAUCAAGACGGGAGGCGUGGAGGUCAAGUGUCGCGGGACGUACGUCUACAGCACCCAGGACGGGCAGGGGGACCUGCCCGACCCUGGCUUGGUCGCGACGGGCACAAAGUGCGGCGAGGGCAAGGUGUGCCGGGACCGCCGCUGUCAAAACGCCUCUUUUAGCGAACUGAACGCCUGCAUCUCCCGCUGUCACGGCAACGGGGUUUGCAACAGCAACGGCAACUGCCACUGUCACGGAGGUUGGGCGCCGCCCUUCUGCGACAAGCCGGGACUCGGAGGGAGCGUCGACAGCGGGCCCGUGCAGCACGAUAGUCAAGUGGGCUUGGUGGUGGGCCUGUUCUUGGCCUUCCUGGUGGUCUUGCCCACCGUGCUGCUGCUAUUCUACUGCUACCGGAUCAAGACGUCCUACUUUCGCAAGUGGCUCGCGCAGAGAGAGAAGAACAAGAGCGACAAGGCGGAGAAAGCCAAGAAAAACGGACACCUAAAUCCCGCGUUUCACCUCAAAGUCGUCGGACCGACGGGCAAAGCGAGCGGCCGCGAGGGGUUUUCCGCGAGCGGCAAAGAGGCGCUUCCUCUCCGACCGGACCCGGCCGUCCGGGCGCCGAACGCGGCGCGGCCCCCGCGACCCCGACCUCCCGUUCCGACGGCCCCGCGGAAAUCCCCGCGGCGACGGGGCCCGCCCGAGAAGCCGCUGCCGGUCGACCCCGCGCGAUCUCCGCCGCCGAGGCCGUCGCCCUCGCCCCCUCGGAGGCCCCUACCUCUCGGUCCCGCCUCCCGGGCGCGGGCGAUCGUCGCCGAACCGUCACCGAGCCUGCUGGUCGCGAUGCCCCCGGCGGGAGUACUCGGAGUUUCUGCCGGCCCUCCUUUCAAAGCUCUCAGGUGGGGUUUUCCAGCCACGCCGGGUGAGUCCGGACCAGAGGAGUCUUCCACCGUGACUCCACAACUGGCGAUGACCGAAUGAACAACUAUUUUGACAGUAGAUGAAUUGUUUUUUGCCUUAGAUAAGACUCUCGAUUUUAACACGACUGGAAUUGGGCACGAGCACCGCACCGUGCUCACGCUUUCUUCUUUCUCUCCUCCAGACCGGUCCCAGGUUCCAAAGCCACCGCGCCGUGGUGAAAACGGCUUUCCGCUCCGAUCCUUUUUGCACUAAAGUCCGACAUUUCGACAAAACCCGAGGGCAGGACGCGGCGCAUUUGAACGGAAUCCUCGCAGACGGAGCAUUUCUGCCUAA